AUGCACCCGACGCUGACGUCAAGACGGGUCGGAUCGGAUCGGAUCGGAUCGGCUGUGGUUAUCGUCGCAUUUUAUCGAGGCCAAGUUGCCUAUGUCGUCGGCCUCACGUCAGUUGGUGAGGCCGCGGAGGUGGGUCUCAUCCUCGCCGACAGCACCGCGUGGAAAGUGCGUUUCUAUCACGUCUACGUGAUCGAUAAAGUUGCCCUACUCUGCAGCCGAUGCAGCGUCGGGCCGCCGGAACCGAGGCUUUGUCGGAUUGCCCGCCCGAUGUUGGCGCUGCCGGCGUCGAAGCGCAACGGCAUGACUCAUGCCAUCACGUUCCGGCAGCCUGGCUGCAUUGCGGCGGCCCUCACGAAGCUGGCCGACUGUCUGAGGCGACCGGAAGCGACCGCGCCUUUCCUCGCCUCGCCUCGCCUCGCCUCGUAUCGACCAGCUGAGCGCCACCUGUCUGUCUUCGUGGCUGUGCUGCCGCGAUCGCGGCGUGAUCACCUCGAGUAUCUUGAGGCGAGUCGAGGCAGGUGCGUGGCGGGCCUGUUGUUGCGCCGCUGGGCGUCUGCAUGUGCGCCUCGAUGGAAGUGCGGGCGGCCCCGUACUGCCGACACAGACACACGCACGCACGCACACACAUACGCCAGGAGGCGAGUGCACGCACGCAUUUUUAGUGUACCUCGCGGCGUCAUCUGCUCGCUUCGCCUAUUGGCAGCGAUGUCUGCUCACGUGUUGGUGAGUAUUGCUCUCCGGGGCGGACUCAAGCGGACUGGCUUUCAGCCUUUGAGCACGCCCCAUGUCUGUCCGCUGCUCAUCGUCCCGCGUCCCGCUCUCUCUCUCCCUCUUGCUCUCUCGCUCGCUCCUCGCCUCUGCUCCACGUCUGUCUAUACGACCCUCGGUCGGCGGCUGGCUGGCCCAGUCGAGCACACCUCGUCUCUCGGCCUUGCCGGUCUUUGCGAUUGGUCGACCAGCCGACAGCUCAGCCUCUCUCACCUUCGCACCCGCGUCGCACGCAUACACACACAAGCACACACACGUAUACACACGCACAGCUACUCUCUCCUUCCUCCGCCUAACCCAGCCGCAGUAUCGCGUUCGCCUCGGGCGCCGGCCCACCGUCUCAAUUCGCCCCCUUGUCUGCCCGCCUCUACACGCGAUCGGUGCAGGCGACUCGGCUUCACUUUUCCCGCAGCCCACCGCGGCUACGCCGGCUUUUUCUCCUCUCGCCUCUCGUCGCCUCUCGUCGUCUCUGGUCGCCUCGCCGGCCACGACAACCGCUCACUCACCGUUUCUCGGACUUUUUACCUUUCCGCCCCGCCAGCUCCCCCCUUCGAGGCUGAACUCUUCGGCACCAGACGACCGUAUUGCUGCCUCGUGCCACCGCCGCGGCCGCUUUCACAGACGCAGGCCCGCCCCGCGAGGACACGCUCUGAUGUGCUGACGCCCGCCCCGGCUUCCACGACCCUCCUACCCCCGGUCGGCAUGGACUCGAUGCUGGCCUCGAUGACGCUCCAGCAAUGCCUGCUCACCGGCCCCGGGCUCGACUCCGGCCUGCCCGGCGACAGCGCAGUCGGCACCCUCUUCGCCCGAGCCGGAUUCGCCUCCUCCUCCUCCUCCUCCUCCACACUC